GGGGGUCCCAUUCACUGCCCUGCCCCAGCCCCACUCCCUUCCUGACCAUGGGGGCCUUGAUCUGCACCCCCCAUACCCCUUCUCCUCAACAGACUUACCUUCAGGAUGCUGCUCUCCACACUGCCCACCUGCGUUCAUGUAAACAAGUUAUUGGAUCAGUAUCAGCCAAUAUGCCUGAUGAAUGAAUUUUUGGCUAUCGGUAUCAGCCAAGAAAAUCUUUAUUGGUUCACCCCUAAGUUGAGACAUUAAAUGUAUCAAAAGAAAUUUCUUCUCUGUUUCCAUAUUUCAGAUUUCUAAGAUUUGAGGGUUAUUUCCUCAUUUCUACAAUGUGUUUCUGUAUGUAGGGUUUCUUUUCCUGGGAUGUAUUUACAUUAGAAAUUCAAGUAUGGUAGGUCUCUUUCCAAAGAGACUCUAUGCCCACUUAAAGGGCCCAUCAUAAUCCCAUUCUUCUUUGCAGUAAAUCACCUCUUAAUAUGUAUUUUAAAACAGAAUACAAACCACUUCACCACGGUGUUUUAUAAUACUAAUUUAAUUCAAACUCUAUACAAACUUCUGAAAGAGAAAUAUAUUUUUAAAUUUCAGUGCCCCCUUGCUGCUUUAGUUAAGGGAUCAGAAAACUCAUAAGUUUACUUGCAAGGUAUCUGCACCCUCAAACAAAACUGAGAAGUGCAUGAUUUGGUGGUGUUGAUAACAGAAACGGAGAUUCAUUGGUAGUGGUGAGUGGAAUGACGAGCCUUUAUUGUAUACCAGGAAGAAGCAAAAUGGCACAUUUCUAUUUUAGAAUAAGUGAUCCACAAAACAGAAUAGGAUCUAUGACAGGAAAGGUCAUGUAUUAGUAUCAGUAACAACUUUAAACUUCCAACACCACCAGAUUUAUGCCGUACCGUGGAGUGUUGCCCUGACCGUUUGCGAUGAGGUGAUGAUAUAGCUGACUUACAGCCCCAAACACAUGCCAAUAGACGUAAGACAGAGAGCCUGUGGUGCCUGGUGAGCUCUACUGUAAGAAAGUUGUACUGAUUCAUUUCCAGGAUUUGGUGCAUGUUCAGUGGGAACAAGUAGACAAGUCAUGCUUCACAGCAGUGCUCUUGGCACAGCACAGCGGUGGUGUAGAUAAGUCCCAGUUCGGCCAUAAAAUCACACAGGUGGAUCUUUGUGUCUACACAGAGUCCCUGUUGAGUGCUCUCGAUUACAGCAAGGUUCUUUGUGAAUGCAUCCUCUUGAAGGAUCUUAGCCCUUUUCUAACCUUUCCAGCAGCUCAUCUCACUUUAUAAAACUGUGUCCUAGUGGUGUUGACAACAUGGACCAGCACUUUUGUACAGCCAGCCUGAUCCCUGAUGUCACUUUUGACACAUCAGUUGAACUUACCUUCCAUUUCUGUGAUACUGUUGGAAAAUGAGUCAGAUAAAAACAAACUCCAGUUUUUAGGUCUUUCCUUGUUGGGCAGUCGCGACAGCAGCAUAUCAUGGAUUGAUUUUAGAUAAAGUAUUGUCUUUGUGAGUAUCUUAGUAUAAUGUACACGUGGCUGUGUAAUGUACAAACCAACCAAUCCAGGUCUAAAAUUAGAUCUUUAGAAUAGCAUAUAUUAUAAAUAUUGUAUGCAAAUUGUUCCUGUAGUGAAGUGGCACAGUCUGAUUUCUAGUAUUUUCCAUUUAUUUUAUAAGCAUAUAGUAAGUUCAUAAGUGUUCUGCACUCUGCAAGGAAAUUUUUCAAUGCCUCCAGAAAGUAGCCACAUGUUCUUUGUAAUCAAUAAAGCAAGCAGGUAGGCAAAAAGUAAGCAGCCUCAUUUAAGGAAAAAGUUUCUGCAUUUUAAUACUUCUGAAAAUGUUUGAGUUGUACUUUUCACUAUUAUGUAACUGAGGGGAGGGAUGAUGAUAAUAAGGAUCUGAAAUGUAUUACAAAAAUGAAAACGUUAGAAAUAUCUGAGCACUGGGAAGAGAAUAACUGCAGCAAGGUUCUGCUUUUGUCAGUUGGCAGCAUUUGUAGGGGAUUUUUUUUUCAUUCCCUUCUCUAUUCCAUUUUAAUGUUUUUCAUAUUUUAAUUCAACAAAAUGUGCCGUGUUUGUUGCUCUUUCCUGACUAGUAGUUACAGAUUUUGUCUCAAAGUAAAAGGUGAGGGGCUAUAUACUUUUCCAUGUCAAAUUUAAAAUGAUUCCAUUGAGGCACCGUCUUAUGCAUGGUGUGUUAAGUCAGGAUUGUUCAGCUGGCAGAGCUUGGGCUGCACGCGGCCCAGGAAGGGUUAGUUUGCAGCCCCUGAACUUCCACCCCGCCAUCAGUCCAACUGCAGCAUCAGCAUCAAGAGGUUUUGGGGUCUCCCUCCCUUUAGAUUCUGCUUCCUGCCCUACCCCAGGGCACAGGGCAGAACAGCGCGCAAUACUGGAGAAACCCCUGGCAUGGGGCCCUGGCAUGGUGUGGUGCAGCGAAGCAGUCCACAACCAGGGAGCUGAAGUUGUGCUUGGGCCACUUGUUGCCCACACAUGGAGCAGCAGUUGGGCAGGAAGUGCCCAAUGUGUUUGGCUCAGGGGGGAAGUUCCCAGGUGGCCUGUGGCCACAGCACACAGCCUCCAGUUGGAGAACUUUGUUUCAGGUCAUUAUCUGAGUUCAUUAUCUGUUAAAAUGGGUAGUACCUAACUGAGACACGGUCCAAGUAUAUUAGUUAAUGUUUUGCAAAUAUAAAAAAUUAGUAAGUGUUAAGCACUCCUGAAAUGUGACAAAGCAGAAUAUAUUUUAGUCAUUAGUAAGAAAUAUAGCAUGUCAUACCAGGUAAUAAUAAGAAAUAAUUACAUCUUAUUUUGAAAGCAUAUUCUAUUGAGAAGUAUUAGACAAUGAUUUCUUCUGGUCUUGAUAAACUAGCAAAAAAGCUAUGACUUCAUAAUAGUAUUAGGUACUGGUGUUAUGUGCAGGAAAAUUGACUGUGCAAUUUCAUUAUCAGUUAGUUAUUUACAGAAAGCGGUGGGUUUCUGCCGAAACACUUGCAAGUUCUGUGGAAAGUCAUGUAUGAAAUAUUUAACUGACAAAUUUGAGUAUCACACUUCUUUUUUUUUUAUAAACAGAGAAAAUCUAUAAAUUCUAACAUCAAAAAAUAUUAAUGUAAAUCAUGGAAGUCAGGAAAGGUCUGUUAGGUGAUCCAGGCCAUCCUCCUUCCAGUGAAGGAUUGUUCUGUGCAGCAUGUGUCCCGGUGUGUUAUCAAGCCUGCGUGGGUGGAUCUUAAACAGUACGUGCACAGUCUGCACAGUUUUCCUUUAAGAACGUGCUACUAGGUUCAAGACUGCACUGCAUACCCGGUAAAUAUCCCCCACUCCCUUCCAAACGUAAAUAUGGCUUGUUCAGCAGCAGCCUGAAGCCCUGCAUUGUUUGCUGUCAGAAGUGUGAGCUAAGGGGACAGACAUUCCCUCUGCUCAGCGGGAGCACUAAGCUGCGUUCUGCCCUUGUUGCAUUAUUAAUGGGACAAUGUUUUUAUGUUGCAGAUGGCUAAAAGCUAGCAAGGCACAUUCGGGACCAUGAUGGCUCAGUUUAACACAGCCAUGAAUGGAGGGCCAAACAUGUGGGCUAUCACGUCUGAAGAGCGGGCGAAGCAUAACAAGCAGUUUGAUGGCCUUAAACCCACAGGAGGAUACAUUACAGGUGAACAAGCACGCACCUUUUUCUUACAGUCAGGUCUACCAGCUUCUGUCCUGGCUGAAAUAUGGGCUCUGUCAGACCUGAACAAGGAUGGGAAGAUGGAUCAACAGGAAUUCUCCAUAGCCAUGAAACUAAUCAAACUAAAAUUACAAGGACAGCACCUCCCAAUGGUCCUCCCUCCUAUCAUGAAACAGCCUCCAGUAGUAUUCUCUCCAUUAAUUUCUGCUCGCUUUGGAAUGGGUAGUAUGCCAAACUUGUCCAUCCCAACAUCUGUGCCUACAGUUGCACCUUUAGCUCCCAUGUCAUCCCUGGCCUCGGUGACUUCAGUUCCUCCUUUGGUUAUCUCUGCUCCCCUGGUGCCUUCUGUCAGUACAUCAUCAUUGCCAAAUGGUACAUCUGGUCUCCUUCAGCCUUUAUCUCUGCCUUUCUCUUCAACAUUGCCUCAUACUGGCUCCUUAAGUCCCAUGACAGGAGGGUUUGGUGGUACUAACAUUCAAAAGGCACAGUCUCUGAUCGAUUUAGGAUCUAGCAGUUCAAAUUCUUCCUCUACUACUUCACUAACUGGGAAUUCACCCAAGACUGGAUCCUCAGACUGGGCUGUUCCUCAGGCCUCCAGAUUAAAAUACAGACAAAAAUUUAACAGUCUUGAUAAGGGCAUGAGUGGAUAUCUAUCAGGUUUCCAAGCAAAAAAUGCCCUUCUUCAGUCUAAUCUUUCCCAGACUCAGCUGGCUACAAUUUGGACACUUGCUGAUAUUGAUGGUGAUGGACAGCUGAAGGCUGAUGAAUUUGUGUUAGCCAUGCAUCUUACUGAUAUGGCCAGAGCUGGAAAACCUCUGCCACUGACACUUCCCCCUGAAUUGGUACCUCCUUCUUUCAGAGGUGGAAAGUAUGCUGAAAAUAUUAAUGGAGCACUGCAAUCUUACCAGCAACCACAAGAAGAAGAGCCCCAGAAAAAACAGCCAGUUACAUUUGAGGACAAGAGGAAAGCAAACUAUGAGAGAGGAAACAUGGAACUGGAAAAACGCCGUCAGGUCCUGCUGGAACAGCAGCAGAGAGAGGCAGAGCGUAAGGCCCAGAAAGAAAGAGAAGAGCAGGAACGAAGAGAGAGGGAACGGCAAGAACAGGAGCGAAAAAAGCAGCUUGAACUGGAAAGGCAGUUGGAGAAACAACGAGAGCUGGAAAGACAGAGGGAGGAAGAGAGGAGGAAAGAAAUAGAAAGGCGGGAGGCAGCAAAACAGGAACUUGAGCGCCAGCGGCGACUAGAAUGGGAGAGAAUUCGGCGCCAAGAUCUUCUUAAUCAACGAAAUCGGGAACAAGAAGAAAUUGUCAAGUUAACUGCUAGGAAGAAGAGCCUUAAUCUUGAGUUAGAAGCCCUGACUGACAAGCAUCAGCAGAUCUCAGGCAGACUGCAGGAUGUUCAAAGCAGAAAACAAAUUCGGAAAAGUGAGCUAGAAGCUCUAGAUAAGAAAUAUGACUUGGGAAUUAUGGAAAUCAAACAGCUGCAACAACAACUUCAGGAAUAUCAGAAUAAGCUAAUCCAUUUAGUUCCUGAAAAACAGUUGUUAAAUGAGAGAAUUAAAAACGUGCAGCUGGACAACUCUAAUAGUCCAGGAAUCAGUUCUGUAUACAAGAAAUCCUUAGAAAAGGAAGAAUUGUGCCAAAGACUUCGGGAACAGCUAGAUGCCCUAGAAAAGGAAACUGCUUCCAAACUCUCAGAAAUGGAUACAUUUAACAGUCACCUUAAGGAACUAAGAGAAAGCUACAACACACAGCAGUUAGCUCUUGAGCAGCUCCACAAAAUAAAACAAGAUAAAAUAAGAGAGGUAGAAAGAAAAAGAGCUGAGCUGGCACAGAAAAAGCGACUGGAGGAUGAGGCUGCAAGGAAAGCAAAACGGGAGAAGGAGAACCAAUGGCAGGAAAAUAUCCGAAAGGAAGAGGAAGACAAAAAAAAGCGACUACAUGAAGAGCGAAUACAGGAAAAAAUUCAAGAAGAAAGGCUAAAAGCAGAAGAGGCAGCUGCUCAGAUGAGAGAGAAAGAGUCCCAACAGCAAAAACAUGAGGAGGAAGAGAGGAAAAAGCAAGCUGAAAUUCUGAGAGAAACAGAGCAACGAAGGCAGAGACAACUAGAAGAUGACCGAAAAAAGCAAGAACAGAUUGCAAGACAAGCUGAGGAGCGGCGUAAACAGCAUGAAGAAGUAAAGAAAAGAAAAGACACGACCAAUAUGCAAGAGUCAGAGAAACAAGCUUCUAAAUUAAACUUAAAUGAGAAAUUGGCAGGUUUAUUGAAACAAACGGAUGGCCGGAAUCUUAAGCCACCAGGGAAAAGUGAAGGGAAUGCUGUUAGUACCUCAGAAUCUAGGAAUUCAGUUGCCUUGGUAAAUUACAGAGCUUUAUACCCAUUUGAAGCAAGGAAUCACGAUGAGAUGAGCUUUAAUUCAGGAGAUGUAAUUCAGGUUGAUGAAAAAACCACAGGAGAGCCUGGUUGGCUUUAUGGGAGCAUUCAAGGACGUUUUGGCUGGUUUCCUUGCAACUAUGUAGAAAAAAUACUAGAAGGGGAAAAAGCUUUAUCUCCUAAGAAGGCCUUACUUCCUCCUACAGUAUCUUUAUCUACUACCUCAGCUCCUGCAGAACCACUUUCACCCAAUAAAUCAGCAGAGGAAUCUGAUUACCAAAACGUAUCUUUUUCAAGCCUAAAUGUUAACACAACCUGGCAGAAGAAAUCCGCUUUUACUCGUACUGUAUCCCCAGGAUCUGUUUCACCCAUUCAUGGACAGGGACAAGCUGUAGAGAACUUAAAAGCACAGGCACUUUGCUCUUGGACUGCAAAAAAAGAAAACCACUUGAACUUUUCCAAAAAUGAUAUCAUCACUGUGUUGGAACAGCAAGAAAACUGGUGGUUUGGAGAGGUGCAUGGAGGAAGGGGCUGGUUUCCUAAAUCCUAUGUCAAGCUCUUACCUGGAAAUGAAAGCAAACGAGAGGAACCAGAAGCAGUUUAUGCAUCUGUAAAAAAGAAACAUAGCACGCCAUCUUAUACACCUGGAGAGGAGUAUGUAGCACUGUAUUCUUAUUCAAGCUCCGAACUUGGUGAUUUGACUUUCACUGAAGGUGAUGAAAUAUUAGUGACGCAGAAAGAUGGGGAAUGGUGGACAGGAAGCAUUGAUGACAGAACUGGAAUCUUUCCCUCAAACUAUGUCAGACCAAAGGAUCAAGAUGGUUCUGGUGCUGCUGGAAAAACUGGGACCGUAAACAGGAAACCUGAGAUUGCUCAGGUUACUACAGCCUACACUGCGUCUGGGACAGAACAGCUUAGUCUGGCUCCAGGACAGCUGAUACUUAUUUUGAAGAAAAAUGCUAGUGGAUGGUGGCAAGGAGAGCUGCAGGCAAGAGGAAAAAAGCGACAGAAGGGGUGGUUUCCUGCCAGCCAUGUGAAAUUAUUGGGUCCAAGCAGUGAGAAAACCACUCCUGCUGCUGCCUCAGUGUGUCAAGUAAUAGCAAUGUACGAUUACUUGGCAAAUAAUGAAGAUGAGCUCAGUUUCUCCAAGGGGCAGUUUAUUAAUGUACUGAGCAAAGAUGAUGCUGAUUGGUGGCAAGGGGAACUCAAUGGCAUGACAGGUCUCUUUCCUUCCAACUACGUGAAGAUGACCACGGACUCGGACCCGAGUCAGCAGUGACCCAAUGUUGUCUUCCAGUGUGAAAGCACCUCAGAGACCCACUAUCCAAGUUUGACUAUAGCCUGGAAGCAGGGUGGGCAGCCCUGCUCAGAUAUCUCUGACACAAGCCUUUUGCUUCGUAUGAAUGUUAGCUCCACUCAAGAAAUUAAGUUUUGUGGUUUUUAUAAUCUACAGUGACAGUUAAUUUGUAAAAGCAGGAAGGAUAGUGGGUCUUUGUGUGGCUUUCACUGCUGUCCACUCUGGUUUCCUCUAGUGUUUUUCCUUUUACAUUGAUAAUCACAGAUCAUUAGCAUGCAUAUCAAGUUAUCCCUUGCAUGGUGGGAUUUCAGACACACAAAGACCCACUAUUUGCACAAGUAACCUGAGCUAUUUUGUAUGGGCAGUCGUGUUCUUAUAAUGUUGUUACAUGCAUACUUUGCUGAAUUAAUAUGUUUGCUGAUUGCUGCUCUGAGACACUUCAUCUAAUAGUCUACGCAGUGAGCUUUUUAAUUGGCAGCAUAUGUGAUUCUCCCCAAAACAAAACCUGUCCUACCUGUCUACACUGCAAAGUGCCACUGUGACUACAAGUAUGCCAUGUGGUCCAGGAUUUAGAUCCUAGAACUGUUUUGUCUGAUCAGUCCAGCCUCUCAAAGGGUCCGUCUUGUGGAGAUGGGAGAAUAGAGAUGGAAGAUGGUUUUGAUUCCUGUUCUUCUGCAUCAUUAUGAUAGCACUGUGGGAUGUCUUGCAAGCUAGAUCCACUCUGGGGGAUGUGUUGCAAGUUGUUUCAGGUAGAUAAAUCCUACCCCUUAACCACCUCCAUCCCUCAAGCACUUUACUGUUGUAUUGCAUAUGUUGACUUCAGUUUUAGAGAAUAGUAACCCAUCAUCUGUACCAGCACCUGGCUGCUAGACCCCAACCCUGCCCCCACUGUUGCGGGUUACAUACUUCUGAUACAGAACUAAAUUGCUCUGAACAAUCUUUUCUCUUCAGGACACCAUUUAUAUCUGCCCCAAGUCAGUUGUAAUUGAAAAUAAUUACCACCUGAAAGCUGGCUUUCUUCUUACAAAAAUGAAUGGACAAUCUCAGUCAGUUCCUAGUACAGAGGUGUCCACACGUUAAUAGCCACCUGGAUUGCUAGCCUCAGCAGGAAGGCCAAGGGUUUGGAUGGGAUUAGAAACUGAAUAGUUUUUUCCUGCUUUAGAAGUGGUCUGUCCAAGUCAGGAAUAAGGCACCAGUGGUAAGGGGCUGUCAUGAAACUUGCACUGCCCAUGUUGUACCUGGGCAUAAAACAUGCGGUACCUGUUUUAUGGACCCCCCCACCCCAUUCCCAGAUGCUGAGUCUGGCACCUCUUCAAAAUGAAAAUGUCCAUUUCUUGGCAGACUGCUCAUCUGAUAAAACAGUUCUAUGAGGAUGCACCAAAAAGAGAAUGGUAGGCAUAGUAUUAAAUUCAUCAGCUUCCUGAAUUUGGGAAUGAAACGAUAAAUGCGGCUUAUGCAAUCUGAAAUGUUUACAAACUACUGCGAGUUUACUUAUAUUUAUAUAUAUGAAUGUUGUGAGGUACUAUCAGGAAAAGUGUUAAUACCGUUACAGAGAUUUAAAAGCCUUCCUCUAAAAGUUCUAAAAGGAGUGAAUAUACAUAUUUAAUAUACUUUAUCAAGUGAUGUAUGUCCUUUAGUUCAGAGAUAUAUCUUUUGUGCAAUACAAAUUACAUUAAUGUGCCUACAUCAACCUAAGUCAAAUGGAUUUUUAUUCCAGUUCUAUUUUGUCUAGAUCAAUAUUUUGUUACAGAAUGAAAUGACAUUGAUUGUAGGCAAAGAAUAUGCUAAUUAAUUGCUCAAAUAGCAGUGUUCUAGCUGGCUUAAUGGGGUUAUUCUUUCCUGCUGAAAUCUGCUUUUUAGCUGAGGAUGUUUCUAUUAAAAUGUGCUAAUUUCUGAUUUGGAAAACCUGUUUAGUAUAGGCUGAAGUGUCCUCCUGGAGUGCAACAGACACUUAGAGUAGUCUAAUAUGCAUGUGUCUUUGUCAACUAUCCCAUUUAAAACAUCAAAAUUCAUGAUGCUAUUAAGCAACAGAAUUUGAGCCAAAUCUGGUUUCCUAAAUAUCCAACAUUUUUAUCUUGAAUGCCAAGUUCCUGGUAGAUCUCUGAAAAGACACACAUGCACACAUUAUGGAUGUUUUAGGAAACAGUAUUACAGGAUUUUAAUAACGUUUUGCCCAUUUAUGCACAGCUGCUACCAGAGAUUAGGGAAAGCAGCAUAUAUGCUUUUACACAAGUAACCCAGGGUUGAAUAUAAGCAUCGCUUCGUUCAAUUUCAACUUGCAAGUGUUAGAACUAAGUUGAGAGAGAAACCCUUGCAGGCUUUCCCCCUACACUUAGCUGGUUCAGUAUUACUUUGAAUAUCUGCCAUUUGUUCUGCACUGUAAAGAUAGAGAUGUCCCUGCCAUGCACUGUUUAUCUUCUAAAGCAAAGAGGUUUUUGCAGUUCAGACACAGUGCACCAGAAAGCUGUGUGCUCCAGUCACACAUUGGUGCAGGAGAAUUUUUAUACCUUUUGGAUUAUUGAAAAAACAGAGUCGGAAGACAGUGUUUGAGACAUGUUUUACAAGGACCUUCUGUGUCAAUGCAAGAGCGUAGCUGAGACCAGUGGAGUCAAAAAACAGUUUUAAUUUUAAAUGAAAACUUCCUUGCUCUCGUUUUUCAGUUUCCACACUUAAAACCUGUUGACGUGCCUGUGGUUCCAUAGUGUUACGGCAGGUAUUUUGGAAGGCUCGCUCCCUCUUGCCACAGAAGAGGCUGGCUUUGAUUAGAAGCCUCACCAGGGCAGCAUAUGAAAUACAAAACCUCCUGAAGAGAGAUCUGAGGCCAGGGACAUGCAUAUUACCGUAUUAGCACAGUACCAGUACUGGAACAGUUCCACGUUCUCAGAUUGCCUUGUUUGCUUUGUGGAUUAGCAGCUGGCAAACCUUUGCUUUCAAAGCUAAGUUCCCAGUCCUGCAGUCAGGUCCUCAAAGAAAGAGCCUCUGCAGCCGCACAGCCUAACAUAGAUCCAGGGGGUCCAAAUAGUUACUGGUUUGGAGCCUUUGUAAGGCACAUGUAGCACUACAGAAAUGCUAAAUGUCAACAGAUAAUUACAGCUAGGAGCAGAAAAGAUGCACAGUUCCAUUUUAAACCAAUCUAGUAAUUAAUACCUCUAGCAUUGAGUGUAUAAUUACCCCUAGCUCAAGGCUUUGUCAAAUUGUAUCCCAGAGUGAUUUUUGGUCAAGUUGCAAACACCUGUAAAUAAGUGUCUGUCAUGGGAAUGCUGACAAACCCUUGCCUUCAGUGGUGCUGCGUGCGACUACAACAUACCGCUGCUUCAGUGUAAGGAACUAUUCAGCUGUUACAUAAUGGUGUGUGUUGCCUUAAAAUACCUUCUUGUUGUUUUUUGCAAGCUAUAGUAUUAACGUUUGGGGAUAAAUGUAAAGACAAUGCAAAUGCAGGCUGUGCUUAGCAUGAGGUACUUGUUCAGCUUUUGUUUUUUAAUAAACUUGUAAGAUAACUAUGCAAAUGCAUUUUAUUAAAGGGACACAUAAAAGGC